CCAGCUCAGUGUGAGACUAACCGUGGUGGUGGGCGGAUGCAGCGCGGCGCUCUCUCCGCUAGGUGUAUGUGGCGUGCAAGGCAGUGUUAACGGCAGGGCUGGACAGCCUCUGUUUUGUGCUUUGAGAAGUGUUGCAAGAUAAGCGUGUGCUUAGACAAAGAGGGCUGACAGGCACAUAUGGUGCAGCCGCGAGCCAGAGGAGGAACCUCUCUCGCCCUCUCUCCUUUCCCCGUGGACGGUCGGAAAGGUGGGGGUUCGUCGCCGGAGGGAGGGGUUGAAGGCCCCCUCGCCCCCUGGCUGCGUCUGUUGCCGUCGAGGCCUAGCCAGGACACCGCAGCCCCUCUGCCUGGACGAGGGGCGAGCCGACGCACCCUCAGGAUACACACUCGCCCCUGCCCUCAUCCUGUCGCGCUGAGGGGAGGGACGCGGGUGGCGCGGUGCAGAAGGACCCAGGUGCGGCGAGGAUGAGGGCGCACCUCCGCAACUCAUGGUGGGCGACAUGAUCAGCGUGAUCGACAUGCCGCCGCCGGAGGAGUCCAUCUGGUGGAGGGGCAAGAGAGGGUUCCAGGUCGGGUUCUUCCCUUGCGAGUGCGUGCAGGUCAUCGGUGAUAAGGUUCCACAAACGAUCCAGCCACAGACCCUGACCUUGCCCCCUGCGCGGACUCAGCCUCCUCUGGCCUCAGGACACCAGCACCACACGCUCCACUCAGGCACUCAAGCCCCUACCAAGCCAGUGCUUAGAAAGCACGGCAAACUCAUCGCUUUCUUUAGGAGCUUCAUUCUAUCUAGACCAUCGCGGAGGAAGCUGAAGCAAUCUGGUAUCUUACGAGAGAGGGUGUUUGGCUGUGACCUGGGAGAGCACCUCCUCAACUCGGGCCAUGAGAUUCCAAUGGUGCUGCGCUGUUGUGCAGAGUUCUUAGAAGGCCAUGGCAUUGUGGAUGGCAUUUACAGGUUAUCGGGUAUAACAUCUAAUAUCCAGAAACUAAGAAAUGCUUUUGACGAGGACAGAAUACCUGAUCUGUAUGGAGAUGAAAGUAUCUUACAAGACAUCCACUGUGUAUCGUCUGUGCUCAAAAUGUAUUUCCGAGAACUGCCAAACCCUUUGUUGACUUAUCAAUUAUAUGAGAAGUUUGUGGCAGCUGUCAUGCAGGAUGAGGACAUCAGAUUAUUAUAUUUAAGAGAUGUAGUUCAGCAAUUGCCUCCCCCGCAUUAUAGAACUCUGGAAUACCUUGUGCAACAUUUGGCAAGAGUAGCGGCACACAGCUGUGAGACGGGCAUGACGCCAAAAAACAUUGCUAUUGUGUGGGCCCCAAACCUCCUCCGGUCAAAGGAUCUUGACAUGGGUGGUGUUGCAGCUCUUCAGGAUGUAGGAACACAGGCUGUAGUGACAGAGUAUUUGGUGCGCUAUGUAGAUCUUAUCUUCAACGACAAGAUCCCAACCUUCUCGCAUUCCACAAACGGUGUGGAAGGAACGCCGAAGAAGUCUCGCCCCAAGUCGCUGGCCAUUUCCACCCCAACCAAGUUGAUUUCAAUAGAAGAGGCAAGGUCAAGAGCCCUGAACACAGCCAUAAAACAAGAUCAGAAGUACAUAGAUGUUGGAGGAGGGCCACAGAAUUUGCCCCCCAAGUAUCACACUGUGAUUGAGCUUCCUAGUCGUAAAGGUGGCAGUCUCAAGCAGAAAAAAUCACCAUCAGGCUGGAAGAGUAUCUUCAGCAAGGGCCGCAGCAUGCACAAGCAUCAGAGGAAAGCCUCCACUCCUAGUGAUAUUCACCUCAAUAUCUCGAUACUCUCUGGAAUACCUCAAGGCAUCUUUUAGCACUGGCAUACAGCAGUGGCAGCCUCAUAUGUUUAUGAAUAACUGCUCCAUAUGACAGCAGAAUAUCUCCAGUAGGCUCAAAUUCAGAAAUUUCAAAGCUAGUCAAAGAUAAAAUCAUAGAUUUCUGAUGAGGUUUUAACCUUUUUUCCAUCCCCAUGCAAAAUUAGUUAAGGAUUCCUGAAUGAAUUUGGGCUACAAUUUUAAAUCGGCCCCUCUAUCAAAACCUGAUGUUGUAUUUAGUCUUGGCUUUGUUGCUAAGUAUCCUGGUCCUUUGUUAACCUGU